AUGGCGUCCGAACGCGACGAAGGGCCUCCCAGUGACCGCCUCCGUGGCGAUCAUGGCGUCGACUACAACGGCCCCGACGCCGGCUACCCAGUAGACAGGAACUGGCAAAACGGAGGCCGCAAGACGCCGGACAGUCUGUACCGCCUCAAACCCACCGGCUCUGCCCCGAGCACCUCAGCCCCCCCGCCCGCCGGGUGGACGGACGAGCAGCCCCCUCGCCGCAGCGGGGAGAGGAAUCGAUCGCGACAGAGAAACGGACGCACCGCAAGCGGCCAGACACGAAUAUGCAAAAAGUGUGGCGAGCCGCUGACGGGCCAGUUCGUCCGGGCCCUCGACGGCACGUUCCACCUCGACUGCUUCAAGUGCCGAGACUGCGGCGACAUCGUCGCAUCCAAGUUCUUCCCGGCGGAUGAUGAGAACGGCGAGGGACAAUAUCCCCUCUGUGAGACCGACUACUUCCGACGCCUGGGCCUGCUCUGCUACCAGUGCGGCGGCGCCCUGCGCGGCUCCUACAUCACCGCCCUCGACCGCAAGUACCAUGUUGACCACUUCACAUGCUCGCUAUGCCCCACCAUCUUCGGCGCCCAGGACAGCUACUACGAGCAUGACGGCAACGUGUACUGCCACUACCAUUAUUCAACGCAGCAUGCCCAAAAGUGCAACGGCUGCCAGACAGCCAUCCUGAAGCAGUUUGUCGAGAUUUUCCGAAACGGGCAGAACCAACACUGGCACCCGGAGUGCUACAUGAUACACAAGUUUUGGAACGUCCGCCUGGGACAGGCUGCGGACGUCCUCCCCACUGCUCCAGAGACCGAUGACCCGGCCAAAAGGGAGCUCAUCCGUGACGAGGAGGAGCGCAUGGAGGAAAAAGUCUAUCGGAUUUGGAGCGUCCUCUCGACCUUUGAGGAGUCGUCUGCUGCCUGCAUUUCCGACAUGCUCCUGCACGUGAGCAACGGAGCGUACGUCGACGGCGUCCUGGUUGCCAAGCGUUUCAUCUGGCAUGUCGAGGUGCUGUUCCAGUCUGCGGAUAGACUUGACGGCAUGGUACUGAGCCACAGUGAGAAAGGCCUGUCCUACGGACGCGAAGCCAAACUUCUCUGUAAAAAGAUCGUCUCCUUCUUCUCGCUACUUUCCAAAGCCCAAGACACCACAGCGCGAAAACUGGGCGUCACGCAAGAACUCCUCUCGCUAGUCACGGGUCUUGCCCACUACCUCAAACUCCUGAUACGCAUUUGUCUUCAAGGAGCUCUGCGGCUCGAACGAGAGUCCGGAAACAGCGACGGCCUACACCAGCUCCUCAACGAUCUCGCCGAUUUUGAAACGUACAAGACCGACGAGGGCCUGUUGCAGAUGGCUAUGGGCGGUGCGCGACUUGCUCUGAAGGACUCGGACCACUGCGCCCUUUGCAACCGAUCAGUCGAGGACGAGUGCGUCAAGAACGGCGAGUACAGGUGGCACUGGACCUGCGUCAAGUGCAACCGCUGCGGCCGGGAACUGGGACGAUCGCUCGGAGAGGCGCAAUACAACGCCUUUGACCACAAUAUCUACUGCACAAGUUGUGUGGCUGUCAACACGGACAGGUCACUGCAAUUCGAGCGCGUCACCAAGCUUCAGCAAUACGUCUUCCUCCUCAAAGUAGCGCUGGCGCGACUGCUGGAUAUCCUCCGGAGCAGCGGCGCCCUGCCGUACCCCUCAGAGGAAGCCAACGCUGACAAGGGCAAGCUUGGCGCACCCGCCUUCUUGAGCUCGGACGCGAGAUCGAAAUCAUUUGCCGGAAGGGGAGACAAGGAACAGAGCCACCGCGAGUCGACAUACGAGAAUACGCUCAAUGAAGUCAGAAGACUUCGGAGUACGAGACUAGACCGCCACCUGUCGUCCAGCGUUAGGCAAGCUCGGACGUCGCGUGUUAUGGAUGCCGAUGGCCAAGGCCCACGGCCCGGGUCAGCUGGCGCGGAGGAUCUCGGACCUCAGGCGUCGACGGACCGGAUGUUUGGGCAAAACGAUGCCAUCACCCUCGACGACAUCCCGCGAAUCGUGGCCGUGGAGCAGUCACGCGAGCAGCAGCGCGACCGCAAUCCCCGCCAGGACCUCUUCCGAUCCCCAGCCACGGAACCUGGUCCGACUCUGGGCCACCAGCGGACGCAGUCAGCUAGCAGAGACAAUGAAGUUCGCGCUGCAGACCCCUUACCCACCCGCCUAACGCGCAAGUUCUUCCCCGAGCUCUCUGGGCUAGAGUACUUCAACGUGCGGCACCUGGCUGUGUUGACUAUGCAGCCCAUGAUGGAGUCCGAGUUCAGCCUCGAGGAGCUGCUCAGCUUCAUCGAGUCGAGGAAGCCAGCGACUUUCUGGAAGAACCUCGGCAAGGCGUUCAAGAACGACAAGAGCAAGAAUGUCAAGAAGAAGGGCGUCUUUGGCGUGCCUCUAGAUAUCAUCAUCGAACGCGACGGUGCAGACUCGACGGAUGGUGUCGGCCCAGGCACAUUACGCAUUCCCGCCGUCAUUGACGACAUAAUUUCGUCGAUGCGCAAGAUGGAUCUGUCAGUCGAGGGCGUCUUCCGCAAGAACGGCAACAUCAAGAAGCAGCAGGAGAUGGUGGACAAGAUCAACGCCGAGGGCUGCGAUGUCGUUAACUUCAUGGAGCAGCCGGUCGUCCAGCUGGCGGCCCUGCUGAAGCGGUACCUGCGAGACCUCCCGGAUCCUCUGAUGACGCACAAGCUAUACAAACUCUGGGUGAGCGCGGCCAAGAUCGCGGACCCGGCCGUGAGGAAGCAAUGCCUGCACAUGGCAUGCUGCCUGCUGCCAAAGAGCCACCGCGACAGCCUCGAGAUCCUCUUCACCUUUCUGAAGUGGGCCGGUUCGUUCCACCAGCUGGAUGAUGAAGUCGGCUCCAAGAUGGACAUACGGAAUCUCGCAACGGUCAUCGCCCCAAACAUUCUGACGAACCCUAAUAAGGCGCCAGCCCUGGAUAGCGAGGCCAUUUAUGUCAUUGACGCGGUGGAGAUCGUCAUCAACAACAUCGAGGAGAUGUGUCAGGUGCCGGACGAGCUCUUGACGUUGCUGAAUGAUCCGUAUCUGUUUAGCAACAAUGGCGAGGUCACGAGCAAGGAAAUCUUGAAGCGGUUCCAGGACCGACGCGGGCAGCUUCCCGUGGGCGAGGUCAACGAGGUCUUUAAGCGAAAAGACACGUCCACGCGAUCGCCCCCGCGGCGCGUCGAGACGGAUCCCUCGGUCUGGCAGGGCGAGAGGACGGUCCGGCCUGUGCAAGACCCGGCCAUGCCCCCAGCCGCGUACGCCGGCCAAGGGACGCCUCCCCAGCGAUGGCCCGGCCAAGGAGAUCACCCUUCGCCUUACAACACCCGCUUCAAUCAUUCCGAUAGCCACCUGGACAACUCGGAGCACUCACAGCGCGGCGAGUGGCGAAAUUCUGCGUGGGGACGCCGCGGCGGCGGCCUCGGCGUGGGCGGAAACUCAUGA